AGUACCCGAUACUUUUUUUCGUACCACCUCGGUUGGGGUUCCAUGCGACCCGAGCUGAUACCAAAACGUGACGCGAAAACACAGUAGAUCACUGAUUGGUCUAACGAGAAUCGUCACAACACGCGUCACUACCAGCGUCAUUGGAUUCGCGACACAAAACACCAAACCCGCUAGAUUUGAAAAUAGUUGCUACCAGCUACCGCACAGUGUAUGUGAUUAGUGAACAGUAGAAUAAACAAAAAGGAAAAGAAAAUGGCUAUUUCGUGGUCAAAUGAGGAGGUGCAGACUUUCCUCUCGCUGAUUGCAGAGGAGCGGAUCCAGCGAGAGCUUGAUGGGUCUGUGCGGAAUGAAAAAGUUUUUCAAGAAGUCGCGCAGCUCAUGGCCGCACAGGGCUAUAAUCGCACCUACAAACAAUGUAGGGAAAAGUUAAAGAAGAUGAAAAGCGACUACCGAGCCAUAAAGGACCACAAUGGCAGGAGUGGGGCGAAUAGAAGAGUCUGGAAGUGGUUUGAUUUAAUGGAUGGUAUAUAUGGAAGUAGACCGGCGAGCAAUGGGAGAGAAGGUGCCCUCGACACGGCCGAAAACACGCAGGAGGAUGAUUCAUUGUCUACGAUUGAUGCAUCAUCUAUUUUUUCUCAACAUGAUGCAUCAUUGUCACAGAUUGACCUGGCACCGCAGACACCAGCACGACCGCAGACACCAGCACGACCACAGACACCAGCUCGACCACCGACACCAUCAACCUCCGGCAGCAACGUUAUGACCCCGGUGCCUGUUGUCACAGGAAAGAGGAAACGAGGCAAUCAACAUCAGGACCAUCUCUCUGUUUUAAGAGAGAUGCAGGCUGCUGAUAGGCAGCAAGAACUAAACCGUGAACAAUUGCAGGUGGCACUUGAUGAUGCCCGGCAAGCAAGGGAAGAGGAGACAGCCUUGAGGAGGGAGGAGCUUAGUCAAACGGCGUCCUUUAAUCAGGCUUUCCUUGGUAUUAUGGGGAUGCUUGUACAGGCAAUGACUGGUCGUAGAGAACCAAACUCUACAUAA